CGGCGGCGGCGGCGGAUCCCGAGCCUGGUCCGGCCCGGCCUUCCCAGCGCGCUCGGCCCGGCCCGCGCAGGCGAAGCGCCCCCACCCCGGGCCCGGAGCCCCCCGCGCGGCCUCGCAGCGCCCGCCCGCCCGCCCGCCCCGGCCUCGGCCCGCCCGGGCCCGCAGUGUGGUGGAGUGCCUGCUCGCCGUGCCCCCGGGUUAUGACGACCCCCAAUAAAGGAAACAAGGCCUUGAAGGUGAAGCGGGAGCCGGGUGAGAAUGGCACCAGCCUGACGGACGAGGAGCUGGUGACCAUGUCGGUGCGGGAGCUGAACCAGCACCUGCGGGGCCUGUCCAAGGAGGAGAUCAUCCAGCUGAAGCAGCGGCGGCGCACGCUCAAGAACCGGGGCUACGCCGCCAGCUGCCGCGUCAAGCGCGUGACGCAGAAGGAGGAGCUGGAGAAGCAGAAGGCGGAGCUGCAGCAGGAGGUGGAGAAGCUGGCCUCGGAGAACGCCAGCAUGAAGCUGGAGCUCGACGCGCUGCGCGCCAAGUACGAGGCCCUGCAGAACUUCGCCAGGACCGUGGCCCGCAGCCCCGUGGCUCCGGCCCGGGGCCCCCUCGCUGCCGGCUUGGGGCCCCUUGUCCCUGGCAAGGUGGCCGCCACUAGCGUCAUUACGAUAGUAAAGUCCAAGACGGACGCCCGGUCGUAGGGACUGGCGCUUGCCCGGGCGGGCCUGCGAGGGGCCAUUCAGCGCAUGGCGAGUUUGGCAGCCCUGUCCCCUUCUUUCUCCUCUCCUGCCUCCUCCCUUCCCUGCAAAGCACAACCCGCACCCCAGGGGCGCCGGGCUGAGCCCCUUUGAUCUCGUCGUCGUCAUCGUGUGUUUUGUGUGUUGGGAUUGGUCAGUUCGGCGGUGACGUGGGGUUGCCCCCCAGUCCCCUUUGUACCAAGGCGGUGCAGGCUUGGCGUCCAGAGUUGGCCCUGUGGGAACAGAGAAAGAUUGAAUGAGCGUUCUGGAGCUCGGGUGUUAGAGCAGGGAGGGCCCCAGGGCAAGGGGAGGCUGCUGUCCACUCCUGGGUGGCCCGCGGGCUCCCACGGCUGCUGGCUGGCCGGGGCCUGUGAUUCACUCUUAGUGCAGCCACAGGCACAGAUGGACUCUGCUCCUGGGAGUAGGGUGUCCCCGAGGGCCCUGGACGGGCAGGCCACUAGCCUGGGCUCUGUAGGUGCUGGGAGGGAGGGGGCGUUCCGCGGCUUUGUGCCAGGGGCCAGGGCGCUCGAGCCUGAUGCGUUGCACUGAACAAGACCAAAUCACUGGUUGUGAACAUACGUGAAGGGUGUGUCCAGUGUCCUGCGAUGGGUCCCGUGCCACUGUUUACAUGACCUGUUUGUGUGGUUACAUAGCCCUUUAUUUAAGAGAGGAGUUCCUUUUACGAAGUUAUUAAAUUAUAUGUUUAAAAGCUAAAGAAAAAA